AUGACCCCAAAUUCUAACCCUAAACCCAAGCUUUCAACAACCACCCCAUACAUCCCACCGGAGCUUGUGUUCGACGUUCUUUUACGGCUUACGCCCAAGGAUUUGAUCAUCGCCAAGAUAGCCAUCAAACUUGAGCUGCCCUUGAGACACCGUCGCAGUUGUACUGACAGAGCGGGUUACUGUCAUGGUUUACUAUGCAUUGCAAACAACAAUAAAAAAGAUGUUGCUUUAUGGAAUCCCUUCAUUCAGAGGUUCAAGAGAAUCUCAUUCUCACUCUCUGAGAUAAUGGAAAGUGAAGUUGCCAGGCUUGGGUUCGGGUAUAAUUCUGCUACUGAUGACUACAAAGUUGUUAGGAUUAUGGAGUUUCGUACUUCUAAUGGUUUUUGUUCUUCUGAAGUGAAGGUUUAUGGCCUAAAAUCCAACUCAUGGAAAAGGGUCCAGAACUUACCUUCCAAUCAUCGUUAUUUUGGUUCUUAUAUUCACUGUUUGAACAGUGCUCUGCAUUGGCUUACCAAUCCUGAUUUGGGUAACACAUUCAUAAUUCUAACCCUUGAUCUUGUGAGUGAGAAAUAUCACGAAUUUCCCACCCCGGAGGACGUUAUGCAUGCUUUUCCUCUGCCGGGUUUGACUGUCUUGGGAGGCUGCUUAUGUUUUAUUGUUAAUAAUAAGGCUGAAAGUCAUGUUUGGGCUAUGAAGGAAUAUUGA